AUGGAACAGCACCGCCACCUGACAGCCAGCGUGGGGCAGGCGGAGCUGGGGCCCACGGACGGCUCGCUGGGAAACAUCGACGACUUGGCCCAGCAGUAUGCAGACUAUUAUAAUACCUGCUUCUCGGACGUGUGCGAGCGGAUGGAGGAGCUGCGGAAGCGGAGGGUGUCCCAGGACCUGGAAGUGGGGAAACCUGAUCCCAGCCCCACGUCACUUCAGCUGCGGCCCCAGAUUGAAGAAUCGCUCGGCUUCUGUAGCGCCGUGUCAACGCCCGAAGUGGAAAGAAAGCACCCCCUGCAUAAGUCAAACUCAGAAGACGGCUCUCUCAAGGAGUACGAGGCCCAGCACCGGCAGACCGCUGCCCUGGAUCCUGCCGACUGGCCCGAUGGUUCCUACCCAUCCUUCGACAGCUCAUCCAACUGCAACAACCCCCCUCCCCCCGGCAUCUUCUCAGCACAUCCUUCUCUUCGCGCCAUCCAUCGUGCCGGGGCGCUCGAUGGCUUCCAAAGCAAGGCCCGACCGCCACCCCCACUGUUGUGA